GUCGAAUUCAGAGUUACUUCAUGUAGUUCUCUAAUGCACUCACCUAAAAUUUUGCAUCUUAGCUCUCUUGGUUAUUUUUCCCUCCAGUAGCCUGUGAAUUUGUUUAUGCCAGUGACUGCAUGUUGGCUAAACUUUUCUUUUUAACCUUCUCUAACAUCUACCACAAUGCUCUUUACUAAGGGCUGCUUUUCUGUUUUGGCUACAUUCUGGGAGCCCCACAAAUGCCUGCCGGUAGCUGUUCUAACUCAAACCUCACAUAUUUUCCAAAAAUUGGACCAGCUCCAGUUCAAAUCCAAUCUUCCGCCCCCACGUGACACUCACUACCUUUGCCAGACUCCGGCCUGCCUGGAGUGAUCUGAAGCCGUACUGAUGGGCUGGCUGACCUCCAGUGACCCUUCGGCCUGGCCCUAGAGCCCCGCAGGGUGAGGGGGUGAGGUAAGGAUUUCCUGGUGUCCGCACGGGGGAUCAGCUCCGGUCAAAGAUCACGAUCGGCCAACACUGUAGGGAGAGCAUCCGCAUCUGGAGGCAAUGCUAAGUUAACUGACCAUUCGGACCAGUUUUUCCAAAGCCUGAAUUUGAAUAUCGGCCCUCACAAGUCACCGGCAAACAUCUACGAAAUCGAGAACGACGGUUCUAGAACCAGUUACUUCUUUUUCUGCUUCGUAACUGACGGACCCCCAGGAGCGCGAGGACGUGCCUUUGCGCAGGCGCCGACCCGGGCUGGGCUAGUCCAUUAGAAAAGAAGGCGGGGGGGGGAGAGGCGGAGGAGAGUAUUGUGUAAAGAAAAAAAGAGCGAGUGGAGACCGGGCUGGAGAAACUGGCGGCCAUGCCGCCUGCCCAAUGGGAACGCGCCUUUUGGCUCUUCCUCCCUCCCCUCCCCGCCCUUCGUUUCUUCUCCGCCCUCCUCCUUCAUAGAUUUCCGCUUCAGCCGGCUUCGGGGAGCGCUUGCGGCUUGUGUUGGGUCAGUGGCGCGCGGAGGUUCUGUCGCGCGCCCUUCGCCUGCAGCGUUCGGGUGGGGGUCGCUGGCCGCGAGGCUCGCGCCGCCGACGCACGCCUGCUCACGCGCACGUCUCGCGCCUGUAGGGUUCUCCCGCCCUCCCUCUCCGCCUUCCCCCCUCCCCUCACUCCCGGCGGGCCCGGGGGGACCGUUGCCCUGAGUUCCACGGCGGCUCCUCCGGACUCUUCGCCCGGGCCGUCUGCCGAGCCCAGAGCCGGCGGCGUGAUGAAGCACCUGCCUUAUUUCUGCCGGGGUAAAGUGGUGAGGGGCUUCGGACGGGGCUCCAAGCAGCUUGGCAUCCCCACAGCUAACUUUCCUGAGCAAGUAGUAGAUAAUCUUCCAUGUGAUUUAUCUACUGGAAUUUACUAUGGUUGGGCCUGUGUUGGAAAUGGAGAUGUCCAUAAGAUGGUUUUAAGCAUAGGAUGGAACCCAUACUACAAGAAUACUAAAAAAUCUGUGGAAACUCACAUUAUACAUACCUUCGAAGAGGACUUCUAUGGGGAAAUCCUUAGUAUAGUCAUCACUGGCUACAUCAGACCAGAGAAAAACUUUAGUUCAAUUGAUGCCCUUAUUUCAGCAAUUCAGGAUGAUAUUGAAGAAGCUAAGCGACAACUGGAUUUACCCGAACAUUUGAAACUCAAAGAAGAUAAUUUCUUCCAUAUGCCAGAAAGCCAAGUAAUGAACGGCCACUGAUCAAAAGUCAUUUUAUUUACUUGUUUAUUUUUUCUCUUGUAUUCCACUAGUCUUUAUCAUUGCUGCAGGCUUGUAUUUGCUUAGAUUAAGAAUUUUCCGAUAGUUGUGCAUUAGUUUAUACAAUACAGUGUAGUUGCCAUUUUAUGCUUAAUGUUACAUUAAACCCGUCAUGCAGCAGUACCAAAAAGGUUCUUUUUAAAAUCAAGAUUUUUAAUGUUGAACUAUACAAAAGUUUCAUGAAACACACUACAGUAAAAGCAGAGAGAAUAACAGGAUCUUAAGUUUUUUUGUGAUGGAAAUAGAUGUUUAUAAGUAAAAACUGACUGGCUUAGCGCCAAGUCAUUUGCUGCAGGUGAGAAUAGAGGUCAUGCUAGUGGCUACAGAUUCUGUAUAAUACUUCUGACUUCCAAUUAACUGCUAUUAGACCUAGAUGCCAUGGAGAAAUAAAAUGUGUGUUGUAUGAGGCUUUGGCAGUCUAAUGCCCUGAAAGGAAGAAAUGACAGAAUUUGUGUUUUGACAUGUGUAGCAUAAUAUAUUUUGUUUGUUAAAGAUGAGAUUUUGUGAAACUUCAUUUUAUUUGGGAUUAUUUAUUAAAAAGAAGUUUCUGAUUAGGGUCAUUAUUGCACUGUUUUCCAUUUUAUAUUUAUUUUCAUGCCCUGAAUUCUAAGGGUUUUUGAAUUUUAAAGGACUGGGUACUUCACUAUAAAUUUUAGAUCAUAAAUUGCAAAUAUGAACAGAAAGAAAUCAAAGUUUAA